AUGGUCAGUGAAAUGGUGCAGGAUGCGUUUGGCAAGAUUAUAGAUAUCAUCAACAAAGUUCAUGGAUUGUCUUCUUCUGUAAAAUCAUUACCCUCAUGGUGGAAUCACAAAAUUUUCGAUCUACAACAAGGUCUGAAGUUGCGGGCUAUGGGAGAAUUCUCUUCGAAAAAAAUAAUCGAUUUUCACGAUGUACCAUCCCCUGAGGAAUGGCAGAAAGUUGAAGGUGAUUGUAAAAUUGUAGGGAGCAUGUAUGAAGUAUCAAAUGCAUUAUUUGAGACGAAACAUCCAACUCCUAAUGUUUAUCUUUAUCACCUCCAUGAGCUUCACGAAAUUCUGACCAAAAUGUCCACUGACUCAGAUAGUUUUAUUAGAACAAUAGCCGAGGACAUGUUGAACAAGUUUGUUAAGUAUUGGGACAACAUGUUCUUGCUGCUGGCAAUAGCUGCAGUUCUGGAUCCUUGA